UGUACUGCUCGUCACAGCCUGUCACGUGACAAAUGAAUGAUCUCUACGUCUCUGUCCUCAUGUUGGACUGAGGCCAGACUGAACACUCGGUAUCACCUCUCAAGAUGCUUAAGAUGCUUAAACAUUCGUGGAAGUGGUGCAGGUUGUUGUUAGUUGAUUAUCACAGUCCAUGUAGAUGCAGUCAGUGUCCUUCACAUGACCUCUGCCUCCUCUCUGAAGACCUGAAGGUGUGGAGGACGGACCCCGGCUCCAUCUUUGACUUUGACCCUCUGGAGGACAACAUCCAGUCCAAGAGUCUCCGCAGGAUGUCUGAGCGGGCUGACCGCCGCCUGAGCAGGCAGCACUCCCAGCAGUCCCUCACCCACAGCCAGACUCAGUCCGUCAGCUCGCUGACCUCUGACCUCUGGGACCGCAGCAGCAACGAAACUCCGGGUAUCUUCGUCACGUCGUGUUCCUCACUCAGACACAAAAUGACGGAGACACACUCCUGUUUGUGCUCGAAGCGUCUAAUCCACGAAUAAAACUAACUCGCCGUGUUCUCACAGGUUUGAAGUGUCUAACGUUCACAGCAGAGGAGGCUCUUCAGGUGAAUCAUACAGAUGCAGGAAGGACUCCUCACACUCUGUCUCUGUCUCUGUCUCUGUGUGUCUCCUCGUCUCUCUC